AUGGAUCUUGAAGAACUACCCUGCUCUGUUAAUGGUAUAACCAUAUCCCCUCCUUCAACUCCUGAUAGAUGGGGCUUAUAAUAUCACUUUAAGUUGUUGCACUUAAAGAAGGAUUAAAAUGAACAAAUUGAAGAAACAAAGAUGAUCAGAAGAAAAAACAUCUUCAAGAUCAAGGAAUAACAAAGAAAAAAGAAAAACCUCUAAAUGAAAAAAUAGCAGUACCUUGAGAUUUAUGUCAAGGAAGGCGAUUCUCUCCAAAACAAUCUCAACACCACCUAUUUCAAUGAAUUAGACUCAACUGCUUUCUCAUAAUUUGAAUCCCUAAAUUCCCUCGACUUUUUCUCAAGUUCUAACAAUUCUGACAAUGAAACAGCAUGA